CAAGGCUAUAAGGUCCUUACUCCUACAUAAUAAAAUAAUAAAUUAAUUAUACAACAAUUACUUUAAGUACCAGCCAGUAUGGCUCCACUCACUCAACUGAGUGUGAUUUCAUAUUUAACCCUUUCUUCACUUAGUUUUAAAACAAGAAUUAUCAUGUUCAGUGUAUUAGCAAGAAAAGAACAAGCUCAUGAGGAUGGUAUAUGGUGUGUCUACUGGUCUAACCCAUCGACCGACGGCACUGAGUACCUGGUCACUGGUAGCGUGGACAACACAACCAAAAUAUGGAGCUGGAGUGACGGGCUGUCUAUGUUGGACCUUCGGGCUACACUUGAGGGGCAUCAAUUAGGAGUAGUUUCCGUGGCAACAGAUCCUACCGCUAAAAUUUUAGCUUCAAGUGGACUGGAUGGUAACAUCAGAUUAUGGGAUCUUGAAAGUGGCUCCUUCAUAAAGAGCAUUGACAGAGGACCAAUGGACGUGUGGACUGUUGUUUUCACACCUGAUGGCCGUUACCUAGCAACUGGUAGUCAUGGCGGCAAGAUUAAUCUGUACGAGAUUGAAAGUGGAUCAAAGUCGAACUCUUUCGACACACGAGGGAAAUUUACACUCAGCGUAGCCUGUUCUCCUGACAAUAAGUUGAUUGCUUGUGGAGCUGUUGAUGGAAUUAUUAAUCUAUUUGAUCUUCAGUCUGGUAAACUCUUACACACCCUUGAAGGUCAUGCUAUGCCAGUGAGGUCAUUAUGUUUCUCUCCUGAUUCACAGCUGCUGGUAACUGCCUCUGAUGAUAAAGACAUUAAAAUAUAUGAUGUUCAACAUGGCAACCUUGUCAGUACUAUAUCUGGACACAGUUCCUGGGUCCUCUCUGUCUGUUUCUCCUCUGACAAUCAACACAUAUUGACUGGUUCAAGUGAUAGGUCAGUUAAGAUAUGGGAUACCACCUCAAGACAAUGUAACCACACUUUUAAGGAGCAUAAUGACCAGGUAUGGGGCGUGGCUUAUAACAAUACUGGGACUAGAGCUGCUUCAGUUUCUGAUGACAGACAACUAAUAAUCUAUAAUCAACCGUCUUAACAUGAUAUUAACACGAUAUUGAUGCACUGCUAACAUGAUAUUAACAUGAUAUAUUGAAACAUGAUAUUGAUGUACUCUCUUCAUUUAA